AGAAGUGGAGAUCAAACAAUAAAACAGAAAAGAAUGUUGAACAUCAAUGCUGUUGAAUAUACAUCAUUCAAAUAUGCCGGAGAUUGUGUGGAUAAAAGUCAAUUUGAACAUGUAGAGAUGAUGACUAAAUUAUUCAAUAACAAAAAUGUUAGGAGAGGGAAAAACAUGCGAGUCACAAACUCUGAGAAGAUCAUCAUUGAUAUUGAUGAGAAUGAGGAUGAAAGACAGAUUGUUAACGACAAGAAAUCUUAAACCACCACCCCUCGGCCGAAGCGAAUUUCUUCAGCCAAACCAGACACUGUGAAUAGGCAGGAUGACUCAAUAUCAUUUGAUAGUGGGUUUUCUGAUAUUCAAAACAACAACGGAGCAUCUGCCCUGGGCGAAGUUUCGUAUGGGAAUGAACAGAUUGUAAAUGCAGGAAGUAUGGGUUCUAGUCCAUCAAUACAAGCCUCAAGGCCAUCAUUAUCAAGUCAAACUUCAACGAAAAAUGACCUUUUGACCCUUAGUCAUGCUCCAGUGCUUGAAACUGAACAAAAUCAAAACCAAUAUGAAAACAGUUACAAUGCGCAAACUUUUGGAAUAAAAUUAUCCCUUGAACCAAUGAGCAUUCAGGAUGAGAUGGCCAUGGUUCAUCGAGCACCAAUUAAACCUCUGCAAUUCAAACAUUCAACAUUCAAAGGGUCUUCGAUGUCAGCAGUCACUAUGUCUCAAAAUUCUUCUGAAAAGCACACCCUGUUUCAGCCCCAAAAAGGAAAAUAUGAGUUUGCACAUAGCUCAUUUGAGAACGCUGACUACUUGAAACCAUCGACUAUUAAAUCUGGAUCCAUAAGAUCUCAUGAAAGCAAUUCUCCAGAUUUGCUCUUUACUUCAUCUAAAAUUGCUGAAACAAAAAUUGAGGAGCCAAUGGAGAGUAAAGCUGCGUUGGUUUAUGGAACUCUUCGCAAAUCAAACUCUAGUGGGAGCAAUGGUUCAGUUACAGAAUUGUUUAAAUCAAAAGUUCGAAAUUCAUUCAGGAAUUCCAAAUUUUUCUCGAGGAAUUUGACCACUGAGGAGAAAGAUCCAGCUGCCUCUUUAGAAGUACCGCCAUCGAGUGUUGAACUUUACGACCCAACUUUACCAUAUCCAGAUGAUUUCAGGGAAACUGAAGACAAUUGGAUGUCUUUGUCACAUGACUCAGGAGCAUUAUUUCAUCACAAAGCACAAUCAAGUCGAACUGUUCUACCAGUACAAAUCCCCUCACUCGAAAGAGAGAAUAUAUAUGAACAGAUACCCACUGAUUUUACAAAAAAUAAUGUAAACAAUAAUACCAAAAUAGCCGAUACAUCGUUCCUUAUUGACAUGACAAAUAAAACUAAAACAAGACACAGAGAUGGACACACCAGUCCUGGAUUUACAUUUGAUGAACAAAAUCGCUCAACAAUCGUUCCCAAUUUCCAAACCUUCGAAAACGUUAGUGCAGAAGCGUCCGAAUGUAACAGCACCUCAUUUAGUUCAGAAAGAACGAGCCAAUCAUCUCUGACUGAAAACUCGAAAACUGCCGAAGAAGAGUCGAUUGAAAUAUUAGAUGGAGUAAUUCAAAGCCACAGUAGUGAAAGUCGUUAUGUUACAAUGUCCACUAUAAAAUCCGCUUUGUCAUUCAGAAGCGAGGUCAAUAUAACACUAGGUGGCGAUGAUUUACAUGGUACUGUGGAACCAAAAGGACAAGAAAGUAACCUAAAAACAUCUUUAGCAUAUUCUCCUUCUAAUAACCAAAAACCACCAAUGCAUCCAUCUACAAGUGAGCCAAAAAUACCAAAGUCUCAGAAACUGACCACUUCACCACUAGAGGGAUCAACAAACUUUUUAGCCGUUGAACCCACAAAUUCAAAACUUAAUUCACUAGUUCUGCAAGACCAUAUUAACGUCUCUGAUACGAGCCUGGCCCCCAAUGGAAGUCUGUACGGGCCAUCAAGCAAUGCAUCGAUACCUUCUGGUAAAAUAACCCCUAAAUUGCCUACCGACCUUCCUGAUAUUUAUGGUUCAUCGCACAUUGGUCAUGCUUCAUCGACUGUUGUACCUGGUUUAUCAAUAACCGAUGUAUUGUCUCAAGAAUAUACCACAGAUUUGCCGCCAGAUUCCACAUUUUUGAACAACCCUCCUUUGCGGUUGAAUUCUUCUUUUAAUUCCCAAAUUUCCACGACCUAUGACACCAACUCCUUCGAUGACGACAGUUCGACUUCAUUCUCCGGUUCGCAGGAAUACGUUCUUUCAGAAGAUGCACGAGAGAUUCUUUCCAAUGAUGGAACAAUCAAAAAGACAGGCUGGUUGAUAACAAAACAUCUCUUGAUCCAGAAACGUGGAAAGCUAGAGAAGCCUGGCCGUAGAAAAUGGAGGAAAUACUGGGUUAAUUUAAAAGGAGAUCGGCUUCUUUUUUACGUUAUAACUGAUGGCUCAAUGCCAGAGGAUACUGAUCUUCCUGUACUUACAUUAUCUGUGGGAGGAGCGUUAGUACAACCAGUACCUGAACAUGUAACCAGGGAUAAUGUUAUGUGCAUCAGUUGUGCUGAUGGUUCAACUUACUUGCUCCAGGCGAACACCCAGACUGAAGUAGAUGGAUGGAUCCAAGCAAUUCAUGUAGAAGCUGCAACGUUGGUUGCCAGAAAUCUGUCUGGUGGAGAAGAAAGUACUCGCAAAAAUAUCAAAAACUAUUUAAAACAAGAAAUUGACAAAAUGAAACAUGAAAUCGAAGAGGAUGAAAAAAUGAAGAAAAUGGCAGAGUUGCAAAUGUCUCUUGUGACCGAUGUUAAAAGUAAGAAAGCAAUUACAGAUCAGAUAUCGAAAUGGGAAGAAAAUGCAGAGAAAAAUCAAGUUCAUGUAUUCAGGCUACGGUGCUACUUGUCGUCACUAGAGGGCACUGAGCAGCCAAAUCCACGCUUGGCAAUCUCCGCCGUGUGCAAGACAUCAAAACAGCUCUUGAGCACCCUCAAGUUGUUCAACAUCACAACACUGCAUUCAUUAGUUGCAUCGAAACAACAAAGUCUUGCUCUUUCAUCAAAGAAACGAAGCUUUAAUCUCAAUCUCAAAAGAUCCGGUAGUUUUACAGGAUCCUUGAAAGAUGAUUCUUCAUCAGUUAAAAGUAGUCCAUCGAAACCAAAAAAGUCAUCGAUAUUUGGUUCAUUACGAGGGUUCGAUACAUGGCGCGGUUCAUCAUCUAGUGUUAGUGGGGGUAAGAAAAAGAAACAUCACCAUAGGCCCUCAGUGAGCGGAAUCAUUUCAGCAUUUACAUCAAGUUCUAACUCGUCGAGUUUGAAAGAUAGUGACACAAAUUAUGGCAACAAAAAAAGAGUUUCUGCACCAGCGAUUGUUAAUAGUGACGUAACAAUUCGGAAAAUGGAGGAACAAUUUUCAACUCCGGGGACAGUUUCUGAAGAUGACAUUACAGAUGGCUUUAAUUCUGUCGGGGGGUCAUUAGAUUCAUUGCUGCUAGCGCCACCUGAUGCAUGGUGCGUACCAAUUGAAUCAGACUCGUCAUCAGUACGAGUUUCUAUUGGAAUAAAUGACUUUAUAAAUGUGACUAUGACUCAUAACAUGACUUUUCGUCAGCUUUUGGAAAUUGUUUGUCGACGUAGACAACUUGAUUCUAAUGAUCAUUAUUUGGUGGGUGAGGGCAGCAAUGGCAUGGCGUUUGCACCCACAGACAAUGACUUACUCUCAGAGGUCAAAUGUGAAAGGUUGAAGGUCAAAAAGAAACGCUCAUAUAGUGUGGAGCUGGAAUCGAAUCUUGAAGGGUUUGGAUUCUCAGUUUUACCAAAAGCUCUCUGCUGCCCUCUUGUUGUUGAUAUUGUGUCACCAGGUGGCAAAGCGGAGUCAGUUGGACUACAGAAUGGGGAGGAGAUUCUCAUCAUCAAUGGCGAGUUAACAGCUGAAAUGAAUGAAGAUGACGCCCAGAAAUCUUUGGAAAAUGGUUAUCUCAGGCUACUAGUACGAACCCGCAGUUAUGAAGCAAAUUCAAGAUUAAAGACUUGGUGGCCAAAUGGCAAUCAAGAGGAAGACGGUUCGAAUCCCAGUGGCUCAGACACAACUUUCUCCCAUGAAGACAAAGAGCGCAGUAGAAGUGAACACUUGAUGGCAGUAUUAGAAGAUUAUUUGAAUAAAAUCGUUGUUCCCCCACCACCAGUCACCUCGAAUCUUCAGCCUUCAUUCAUUCGAUCUCCUUUCUCAUCAUCAAGCCGUUUAGAACUUGGUAAAAAGCAUGGAUCAGUAGAAGACAUCAUGAAUCUGUUAGUCGUUCCUCCACCUGAACAUAGACUCCAACCACCCCCAGAAUUUGGAUCUGAAUUGAAGGAAUCUGAGAACGGAAACAGUAAUAAUAACAACCAUGCUUCAAUUUUGACUCCCAAAGAAUGUAAGUUUAGCCUUUUGAAUAAUUGCAAUAACUGUUAA